UGUCACGUGAGCCCUUAAGCUUAUUUACCUACUUUGUCACUAGAGCGCUUUCGAGCUGUAAAACAUCCCAAGAGUCACUACUCGUCCUGUUUUAGGUUGGAGUUCAGGGACUUCAUGUGAAGAUCUUCAGUUUGAUCAAUACCAGUUAAACCAACACUGAAGAUGCGUGCAAGUGUUUAUGUGUUGGUGUGUGUGCUGAGUGUGUGCCGAGCUCUUAUCUGCCCUGAUGGAGGAAUGUGUGAUGAAGGAAACACCUGCUGUCAGAAUCCAUGGGGCGGAUACGGAUGCUGCCCGCUGCCUAAUGCUGAGUGCUGUUCAGAUCACCUGCACUGCUGCUAUGAGGGAACACUAUGUGAUAUGCAGCAUGGGAAGUGUGUGAACAAGACACACACUCUGGAGUGGGUGAGGAGAGUCAUAACCAAGCAGACCUCUCUACCUCAGGCAAUAGAGUGUCCUGAUGAGUCUGAAUGUCCUGAUGGCACGACCUGCUGUCAGAUGCCUGAUGGGUCUUGGGGAUGCUGUCCUAUGCCCAAUGCGGUGUGUUGUGAAGAUAAAAUGCACUGCUGUCCAGAGGGCACGACAUGUGAUAUCUCUCACUCGAGGUGUGUAACCUCCAUUCAAGUCUCCAUCCCUCUUCUAAGAAAAUUCCCUGCUGUUCAGGAAGGAAAAAGAGUGAUUUGUCCAGAUAAAGUGUCCAAAUGUCCUUCAAAACCUGCCGAACAGAAAUGUGACGAGUCAUUUUCAUGCCCACAAGAUGCCACCUGCUGCAAGCUGGCUUCCGGAGCAUGGGGAUGCUGCCCUCUACCAAAAGCUGUGUGUUGUGAGGAUCAUCUACACUGCUGUCCCCACAACACUGUGUGUAAUGUGGCGGCGGGGACGUGCGACGGUGUCCCUGAUGCAGGCGUCCGCUUGACCAUUCCCUGGCUGAGCAAGAUUCCUGCUGUAGUCGUAGGGCCUGAGAACGAGCGCUGCGAUGAGACCUCAACAUGUCCAACGGGUACAACCUGCUGUAAAGAGAAAUCAGGAACCUGGGCCUGCUGCUUGCUGCCACGGGCCGUUUGCUGUGCAGAUCAUGAACACUGUUGUCCUCAGGGCUACAAGUGUGACGUUGCUCAGCAGUCCUGUGAACACACUUCUCUACCCAGCAUGCCUUGGGUCAAAAAACAGCCAGCACAGAGUGUGACUCACAGCUCUAUCUCUGAGCCCAGCACUAACAUGGAGUCAAGCCUUCACCAUAGAAUCAAAUGUGAUGCCCAGACCAGCUGCCCCAGAGGCAGCACCUGCUGCUAUAUGGAAAAACUCAAGAAGUGGGGUUGCUGCCCUCUGCCACAGGCUGUGUGCUGUUUAGACGGAUAUUACUGCUGUCCCAGUGGCUACAUCUGCGAUAAGGAGAAGCCGGCGUGCAGGAAAGGAAAACAUCAAAUCCCGUGGUUCAAGAAGCAGCCAGCCAUGAGCAUUGAUGGGUCAGAGGUCAGGCACGACUUUGAGGAUGUGAAGUGUGACAACACCACGAGCUGUGCAGCCGGCACCACCUGCUGCAGAUUACGCACAGGGAAGUGGGGCUGCUGUCCACUGGUCAUGGCGGUGUGUUGUGAGGACCACGAGCACUGCUGCCCUCAAAGCUACACCUGUGACCUGCAGAGCGGAACCUGCAUUAAAUCUUCCACCGCGCACACCAUUGCGCUCUCGCUCAUACGUCCACUCUCUGAAGAUGAGGAUGAUGUGAUUUGUGAUGCAACAAAACGUUGCUCUAAGAGUCAAACCUGCUGUAGAGUAUCAGAUGAAGAUUGGGCCUGCUGUCCAUUUGUGCAGGCGGUGUGUUGCAAAGACAUGAAACAUUGUUGCCCUAAGGGGUACACCUGCGAUCCUAAAAAACGUUGCACUAAAGCAUCCCCACUCACUUGGUGGGACAAUUCACGGUAGAGAAACAUCACAAACACAAAUUAGAUCAUGUCUCCCAAAUCAGGAAAAGGGACUAAAUAGUAGAACAGAUUUUUUUUUUUUGGCGCUAGUAAUCAGCAAUGCUGAAAUCCUUUUUGUUAUCUGUCAAAGAGACCUGGCAUUGAAACACACUGACACAUUUCCAGUUUUCUUGGAUCUGUCACAAAUUAUUUCACUUAGUUUGUUCAUGUGCAAAUUCAGCCGUCUAGUUUCCGCAAGCAGCUCACAAACAUUUUUAGGACUUUGUGAUUAUCUAUUUUUCUUUGUUUUCUUUACACUGUUUCUUCUCAGGUAUGAAACACCUAGAAAGAACGUACGUGCUAUUUUAAUGAAAGCAUUUAGGAGCAUUGAGACCGAACUGGAUGUAUUGUGUUUCACCACAAUUCAACAAAUCCUAACAACUUUCAAUUCCCCAAGCACAAGCUGCAAGUAAAGAAUUAGUUGGCCUAAAAUUCUUUCUAAACUUAAAAUAUAGCGGAUAGUUACCACUAUAUUUGUUCCUGAACAACUGGAUUCAUUCACUGGUAUUUUUUUUUUUAUUAGCUGUUAUCCAAUGUUGCCUUGGAAGGUAUAUAGAAGAAAUUGUAUUUAAAUUUUGUGACCAUUUAAAACUUUGUCAGUACACUGGCCAGCUUUAAAUGUUUGGUUUGUUUGCCUCUGAUUGUGUAAUGGAAUGUUUGCUGCAUGUUAAGAUUAUGGCAAUUCAACAAGUUUUCCGAAACCAAGUUAGAAUUUACAAUUUUUAUACCAGAUACCUGUCUGAAAUGUAUCUUAGCUAGCUUGAAGUGACGUGUCCAUGUUAUUCACAUGGUUUGAAUCAAAUUACUUAUUUUUUUUAAUUAUUAUUUUAAUUGUUUCUGAUGAAAUUCUGAGAAUAAACAAUUUUAAAAUGAA